GAAGCAGCCGGGACCCUGCCUGGAGGCGCUCUGUUGUUGGGCUGGCUGAUGAGGCUAGCGGCUCGGCUAACGCUAGCCUGCUAACAUCAGCGUUUAUUCGCUUUAAAACCAGCGGAUCUGGGUAGAGUCUGUCGCUCGGGACGCUUUGCCUUUUUGGUUUCCUUGCUGUUUUUCAGCGCGAUUGAAGAAGACUCGUGAAGUUGUGUCCUUCUCGUUGUGUUUGUGUUUAAUGUCAGACAAACAAAAAGCUGUCCAGCCUAGGCUAUUUGCUAAUGUUACAGUAUUUGCUCUGAGCUACACAGGACCCCGAUUGUUUUCUGCUGCGGACGAACUCCUGCUGGGGACAGCCGGCUGUGAGUUGAGAGUUGAGAGAUCGUGAGCGGUGUGUUGUUAGCGAGGGCCAGGUCAUCGCUUCGUUCGGGUUCGGUGAACAUCCUCUCCCAUCCCCCUUACCCCCUCCGCCAGAGCAUGGCCCAGGAGACCAAUCAGACGCAGGUGCCAAUGCUUUGCACUAUGGGAUGCGGUUUCUAUGGUAACCCCCGCACCAACGGCAUGUGCUCGGUCUGCUACAAGGAACACCUGCAGAGACAACAGGGCGGGGGGCGAUCCAGCCCCCCGGGAGAGAAAGCUGCUACAUCACCUGCAGGAUCACCAGGAUCAGCUGGUGUGACUGUGGAAAGCACAACCCCAGAGCCCAGUACAGAGGUAGCAGGGACCCCACCCGAGGAACCAACAAGCAGCCCUAGCUCUCCCAGCCCAGUAACACAGCAGAUGACCGCAAUGAGCAUCUCCCAGGAUUCGGGAGCUGUAGAUCCUGAUCGAGCAGAUGGCGAGGAGGGAGAAGAGGAGGGCACUUCCAACAGCACAGAGCCACUGGGGGAAGGGGCACAGGCUUCAUCUGAUGGGGACCAAACCCCGGAUAAAAACAAGAAAAAGAACCGCUGCUUUUCAUGCCGAAAGAAAGUAGGCCUCACUGGUUUUGACUGUCGCUGCGGCAACCUGUUCUGUGCCAUUCACCGUUAUUCCGACAAACACGACUGUCCCUAUGAUUACCGGAGUGCAGCGGCUGCCCGCAUACGCAAGGAGAACCCGAUCGUAGUGGCUGAGAAAAUUCAGAAGUUAUGAGGAUCUUGAGUGGAUCAAGAGUCUCUCUGACUUAUAUCUGUGACUAUGAAUUUGAACAAUGGCGACUUGGAUGAAAACACCUGAUAUCAUGGCUUAAUUUGUUCAUGGUAGUCUAAGAUGGGCGGGUUGGGGUGGUGAGGUCGCAGCCACUGUCCUGACGCUUCCCCAACUGGCCUCUCCCUCUCUCUCCGCUGGUGACUGUGGCUGAACCUGUGUGUGUGCGAGUUCUUUUGUGUGUGUGUGUGUGUGUGUGUGUGUGUGUGUGUGUGUGUGUGUGUGUGUGUGUGUGUGUGUGUGUGUGUGUGUGUGUGUGUGUGUGUGUGUGUGUGUGUGUGUGUGUGUGUGUGUGUGUGUGUGUGUGUGUGUGUGUGUUUUGAGAGAGCCGUAGAGGCUUUGUGGACAUAAAUGUUGCUGUGUGGUAAGGGAAGGCAUUUGAUUUUUUUGACCCCUUUUGGUUUCUCAACUUGGGGGAUCGUGUGGUUUAUUUUUAUACAAUCCCUGUAAGAUGGUUGAAAUGAGACGGGGAUAAGCUGUUAAGGAAUGUGUUGCAGCCUGGAUAAUGACACAGAGGUCAAUUUUAGGGUCUAGAGAGUUAAAAAGAAAAAGAAAAAAAGAUUUCAUGUAUCAGCGAGACCUUUUAAGGGCUUUGGAAUAUUUAGUUUAUUCUCCCAGACUGAAACUGAUGUCAACUCUGUGUCAAUUUGGCAUUUUAUUUUUCUCCUGCCCCUCCAACCUUUAUCCCAUGGGUCACCACAUGUUGAUCUCCCACGUCUCAGCAUUUUCCAGAAAUGUCCUUUGAUAUAUUGACUUAUCAUACUGAUAUUGGGUGCAUGAACAGCUUAUGGUGGGGGAAGGUUGGGGAGGGACUGUGUAGGGAAAACUGAGAACCUUGACUUAACUGAGUGAUUGAAUUAUGUGUUCCUUUUUUUCCCCUGUUUUAAUGAGUGUAUGACAUCAGAAGAUCUAUAUUAAUAUAUUGUAGUUAGCUUGAAUUGUGUGAUUGCAUUCUAUUUAUUUUUUAUCGUUUGGUUGGUCUGUGCUGGAGGAUUGGCAGCAUGUGUCAGCAAAUCAUUGAGAUGUGCAUUUAACCUUUGCAAUUAUAUUUAAGUAAUUCCAUCUUAAUUAUAUAACCAUUGAAGAAAAAACACACAGCCAUGGUGGAUUAGAGUCCAGUUAAGCCGUUACAAUUAAGAUUUUGCAGUGAAAUGUCCAUUGUUCUGGAUUUAGAAACUAAGCACAACAAAGUGUGUCAACUUCAGAUCACAAGAUAAUGUGCCACACCUACUCAGUUUUGUUCAGCAUCUGGGUCAUUCGCAGUUUAUAUUCGAUGUACACAGGAGCCUCACUGAGGAAAGGGUCCUUGUGUUGGAUCAGGGCGAUCUCCUCGAAUCCCCUUUUAUGUUCGAUGGAGUCCGAGUGAAGCUCCACGUUUCUCUAACCACCAGCAGACCACUGACACAUGCUGAAUGAAAACUGACCUGGGUCGCAGCGGUUACUCCACACACGGACACACCCCCUCAGCUAAUGUAAAGAUUGUUGCGAUGCUGCAGAGCUGCUUGCUGUGCUUAAACAAUGUGCUCAGAUUCAGACGAGUCCUUUUACUAUGAAGAUCGCUUCUAGCCAGCUUCUUCUAGGAAGAUCCGACCUACUUGCAUGUGUGCAGACAAACGUAUGAGGUACCAUAUCGUAAACUGACUGCACAGUCGGAAAUGAAGCUGGAAUGUUUUAAAAAGCCACACAGCAGUAGCACAAUGCAUGGCAGCAACCUUGAGGUUCAAGUUAACAGGACUGUGUUUUCUUCCAAAUGUAAAUACCAUAUGGCUCCUAUUCAUAUAGUAUAAUCUUAUUGUAGAUUUCUGCCAGGUAAUGAAGGUGGGGGACUAAGGUGAAGAAUAGUACUAUGUGUAUAAAAGUGCUUUUCAUAAUUAUCCACAAAAAGAAUUUGCCUAGAAUGGCACAGAAUUAUCUUUUCCCAACUUGUUUCCCCUUUAAUUUGCAUCUGCCUGUAUCAUGUUCAAACAACAUUGAGUAGCUGUCUUUACCAUGAGUAUCUCAAGAGACCACGUGGCUUCUUUUUCUUUUUUUUUCAAAACCAGUCCGAUUAUUAACAAACCCCUUUAAGCUUAAUUAACCUCAAUGAAUUACACAGUAUUCCAGUCCGUUCUUUUACCAUGCUACUGAAGUCUAGUCAUAGCAUAUAACCCUUAAUAUUACAGAAAAAGGUUUUGUGAGAUGUAUAUGGGCAAAUGAGGUUACAUUUUUUUCCUUUAUCAUCAAAAGCUUUCUUUGUAAAUUAUGCUUGAUCUGGAGUUGCGUCAGAGUAUGUGUGUUGUUUGAAAAGCCAAUGCAGAAUGGGUUGGCCAUGAAUGACACUUCUUCUUGAACACACAGAAUAUCAUGUUGGACCUAGAUGAGUUUUACUCUGGGCGCCUAUGAUUGAAAAAUUGGCCUUAACCAGGAUUUAUGUGAAAGUCUUGGCAAUGAUGAUGGUGAACAUGUCUAAGCGACUGUGAUUGAAUAUACAAGACUGGGACGGUGUUGUCCUGGGAUGAGUCAUGGGAACCCCAAGCUGUGAAAAACUAAAACAUGAAAAGAGUCAAUGUGGAUUCUUAAGUGAUAAUUAUGUUGUUGUGGCUUGUGGUCGGAGCAGCUCUGCAGGUUUGUGUUCCCUGCAUUGUGCCUGCUAGUCUGACGACCAAUUCAAAAUAUUUUUUAGCAUACAGAGUGCUCAGUUAUUCAGACUGAAAGUGCUGUCAGAGAAAAAAAAACUUGUGUACUUGGGAUGAUUGUAAAUCAUGUGGACUUCAUGGUUUACACUUUUCUAUUGACUGCUCAUCACAACGCCCUCGUUUUGUUUUUUAAGACGUGAGCAGUUUGAAUGUAAACCACCAAAAUUCACACAAUACACCGUGACAUCCUCUAUCAAACUACUCAGCCCUAAUAUUGAUUAGGCCCAAUUUUCCUACAUGCGAUUUUGGACAGUGGGAUAGCUAAAACUGUUGUUUGUGGUGAAGGACUUGGCACCAGCAUUUAUGGCAACCAUACCUAAGUAAUCUAGAUAUUAUCCGUACAAUUGUUUUCUCUGUCUGUUGCUCUGAUAUGAUUUUGUUGUUUUCAGUCCCAUCUUUUUCGCAGAACCUUUCAUAAUCAGUGUCUUCGUCAUGCAGGGGUUAUGCUUGAUCAGUGUGAUAAUCCUGAACAUUGUGAUGAGUCUGCAAACUGCAGAAGGAAGGACAGAAGAUGUUUCAAUUUGUCUUAUUGAGGUGAGCUUGAGGGACAUGAAAUGAAAUCUACAAUGUUCACAAAAGCUGUAGUUCUUGUCCCUUUGGCACUCCAGUCCCCCAGAAACACCACCAGAUAUCUUUUUAUUUUGCUUUUCUUUUUAAAGAUUUAGGAUUGUAUGAUGUGUAAGAGUAAGUAUUAAAACAAUAAAAUCACAAAGUUUAUUUUAAAAUACA